AAAAAUAAAUUUUGAAUUAGAAACAACGUUUACAUUUCAUGCAAGAGCUAUGUCCCCUCACUCACUUUCCUCUUUGUUGUCCUCUGCAAACUCCAAAAUGCAGAGCCUUUCUGUGUCACCUUCUUCAUCUUCUUCUGCAAACCGCAUAGCCAUAGCUAAGUUCUCCCCUCAACUACUCUCCCAUUUCCACCCAUUUUCUUCUUCACCACUCACUUUCACCAUCAAAGGACUUUCAUCAUGCCCAUCUUCUUUUUUACUCCACAGAGCAGGAAAGUCUUCUCCUUUUCUCAUUUCUGCUCCAAAAAUCUCAUCUUUCAGGGUCCUUGCUGCUUCUCUGCCAGAGGCUAAGAGUGAUGAGCCUAGCAAACCCUCUGAUUUGGUUCAGUCUCUGCAGCUUGGAGUCAUGUUUGCAACUUGGUACCUCUUGAAUAUUUACUUCAACAUCUACAACAAACAGGUUCUAAAAGUCUAUCCAUUUCCAGCAACAGUGACAGCAUUUCAAUUUGGCUUCGCUUCGUUGAUGAUUAAUUUGAUAUGGACUUUAAAUCUGCAUCCCAGACCAAACAUCACUCGUUCGCAGUUUUUGUCAAUCCUUCCACUGGCUUUGGCUCAUACAAUGGGGAACCUGUUGACUAACAUCAGUCUUGGCAAGGUUGCUGUGUCUUUCACCCACACAAUCAAAUCUAUGGAGCCCUUUUUCACUGUUGUUCUUUCUUCCCUUUUUCUGGGUGAGAGGCCCAGUUUCUGGGUGGUUUCUUCCCUUGUUCCGAUAGUAGGGGGAGUGUCACUGGCAUCAAUGACUGAAGUCUCUUUCAAUUGGAUUGGUUUCAGUACUGCAAUGGCAUCUAAUCUUACUAAUCAAUCACGGAAUGUAUUGAGCAAAAAACUAAUGGCCAAUGAUGAGGAAACUUUGGACAAUAUCAAUCUCUACUCGGUUAUAACUAUCAUCUCCUUUAUCCUGUUAGUCCCAUUUGCUAUAUUUUUGGAGGGGAUCAAGUCCACUCCUUCAUACCUCCAAUCUGCGGCAAGCCAAGGUUUGAAUGUUAGAGAGCUAUGUGUGAGAUCAGUUUUGGCUGCGUUCUGCUUCCAUGCAUACCAGCAGGUUUCUUAUGGAAUAUUACAGAAGGUCUCACCUGUGACCCACUCAGUUGGAAAUUGUGUGAAGCGUGUGGUGGUCAUAGUCUCUUCAGUUAUCUUCUUCCAAUAUCCUGUCUCACCCGUUAACGCACUUGGAACUGCUAUUGCCCUUGUUGGAGUUUUCUUGUAUUCAAGGACAAAACGGAGUAAGCCAAUGCCAAAGACAGCAUAACUCUUCCAAAGGGAAGGAAAAGAGGGAGGCUGUGUUUGUACUUCUGUCAACGCAUAUUGCAAGACUGUUUGAACCUGUUUUUGGCCAAUCCAUAUCUCAGUGUCAUUGAAGUGAAUGAAUGUGUUUUUGACUAACUUGAACGUAAAUACAAACACGCACGGAGUUGUUCUA